UAGAAUUUAUUUUCGCCCAAUCGACGUCUCUCGCCUGUUCCAACGAUUCUUCUCAAGUUUCGAUCCCGAUCGCUUGUUCUAGGAUUAGGGUUUGGUUUUUUUCUCUGCAAAUCGGGGCAAGAUGGCAAUGAGGCAAUUCUUCUCGGAAAUCAGGGGCUUGAAGGUUAAGGAGCUGCCUGGCUACGUGAAGCCGAUGCUCACCAUUGACUCUGUGAAGAAGGCAGUGCAGAGAGGUCUCGACAACUACCACGCCAAGUACAUUCAGACCAGCUCGAUUGACCCUCUUCUCCAUGUCUGCUAUGGCGGUAUGGUCUUAUCCUACCUCCUUGCGCUCCCUGAGGAACGGCGCCACCUUGAACAUCAGCAACACGCCAAAGAGCAUGGUGGCCACUGAUUGAAUUCCCCAUGUCUUGAGGGUCAGUGUGCCUCAAAGGUGUUUCUGGUCAAUAAUUUGUUUCCCGAAUGCUUUUGUAUCUUAGUCUUGCUGCCUGAAACUUGCUAUUAUUUUCUUUAACACAUGGUGCCAGAGGCAAUAAACAGACUUUUCUGUGAGUUUUUAACCAUAUGUGGCAACCAUCUUUGAGUUGCAAUACGUUCAUGGUUGUUGUGCACAUGCUUAUUCCUGUGGUUAGUUCUUUUCUUUGUCAAUUGCCUAGUGUACUAUCGCUUCAGGCUUCAAAAUUUCAAAUGCAAAUUGAUAUCUUUCGUUUC